AUGGACAGGUCUGAAAAGACUGCUGGCAAACAAAGCGGACAGCGGUAUAUCCAUGAGUGUUGUAGGUUCCACACGCCAUGUCGUGGUGAAAAKAUUCAACCAAUUACACUUGCGACAGCAUAUCUCAAGRUAAAACGAGAAGAGGCAAAUGUCCAAAMACUAGCAAGUCUCACCAAGGAGUACUUAAACUUGGAAGAAAACUUGGUGAUUACUGACASGAACGGAUUUGAAAUCCUUGACAACAACUCAACUCAAGGCGCUGACUUCUGGGAUAAAAAUGCCCUUAAAAUAUAUGCAGUCAAAGAGCAAGUUAAUGAGAGAUUGAAAGACCAGAGGUUAAGAAUGCAGGGUAGAAGCGCUAGCAGGAAGACAAAAAGGAGCAAGGUCGAAAAUGAAGACCUAGACAAACUGGAUGACCUCGAGAAGGAAAUAAAGAUUAACAGAGAAAUGCAUACCAAACUCAAAGAAGUUACACGCAUCGUCAAAGAGGCAUUCAAGUGUGGUAUAUGUCUGGCCACAAUAWGUGGAGGCGUGUAUUAUCAUGGAUGUUGCGGCCGAAUGGCUGCAUGUAAGUCCUGUGCUGAUGAAUGGCACAGGACACAUCCUGAAUGCCUGCACUGCAGAGAUGAGGAUGGGUGUGKGAUGAGAUCUGCAGUCAAAGGACUGGAGUCCUUUUUUUCAUACAUACAAGACCUUUAG